AUUUCUAUAAACAGGAGAUAAUUGUUGGAUUUGAUUUAGCUCUGCCUUCUAAUCCUCGAGGUUUCCUGUAAUAAUAUUCCAAAGGCAGCAGUGAAACUAUUCUUUUAGUAAAUUUAGAUCAAGAAUAGAUGUAUUGAGAAUUAUGAGAUAUUCUUUUACACGCAGUGGUGGCAGUCUUGUUCCCUAUAGUAAAGAGUUUCAAGCAAGACUGUUUUGUUUAGGAAGGUAAAAUGUCUUCCAGUUAUUUAACGAGACUGAGGACUGUGGUUCAAAACGGAGUUCAGAGACCAAUAAUUGGCCAAGAAGGUGGUCUAUUUUCUGAAGUUUUGAUUGGGCAGGGGAAGUUUCGGUUGUGUGAUUAUAGGUUGUUUCAUUCUUUACGAUUUUCAUCCCUUGCAGACCUAUAUGUACUUCUCCGACCAGGAACAGUUUUUGCUGUAAGGUCUGAUUUGCUGUUAGCAAACCGUAGAAGGAACUUCUCUGUUGUUGGAGCAAUUUCUCGCUCAUUUUCUGUUCCAUCUGUAUCAGGCCCUUCAUUUCAGGUUUGUGGGUAUCACAUUGAUCGUGCACUCUCUGACCCUGGUCAAUUAUCUGUCAGUAGUAACUGUCGAAACAAUUCAAUGGCUGCUUGUGCUUCCAAACCAGUAUCUGGUGAACUUUUAGAGGAUUUUUUAACUUCAAAAAGUAGGCACCUGCAAUUGUCACCAAACCAUCCUGGCAUAUGUUAUAGCAUUAAGAGUGUUGACAGUUACCGAAGGGCUAGCAUGAGUUUGAAAAAGAAUGAGCAGUCGAACAACAAUCCAAUUCAUGGAUAUCUCAUGUAUAAUGCUGCCAAACGAUGGCGCCACUUUUGUCCAAAUAUAGAGGCCGGACUAAGAGGCUUCCAUGGCUUAUCGCCUACAUGCUCCUCAGCUGGGACAGCUCCGGACGUUUCCUUUGAUAAUUCUUCCCAUGAGGAACAGCUGGCAAGUUCUGCAGCAUCUUCAGAGCAGAAAAAUUUAGCUGGAAAACACAUGAAGUUACUUUCUGGAUCAUGCUACCUGCCCCAUCCUGAUAAAGAAGAAACUGGUGGGGAAGAUGCUCACUUUAUUUCUGACGAACAAGCAGUGGGUGUGGCAGAUGGCGUGGGUGGCUGGGCCAGUCAUGGUGUUGAUUCAGGACUGUAUUCCCGGGAACUCAUGUCACAUUCUGUUUCUGCAAUUCAAGAGGAGCCUAAUGGUUCAAUUGACCCAGCUAGAGUCUUGGAGAAAGCACACUCUAGCACAAAAGCAAAAGGGUCCUCAACAGCAUGCAUCUUAGCACUCACGGACCAGGGUCUUCGUGCUAUCAAUUUAGGAGACAGUGGAUUUAUGGUGGUUCGAGAUGGAUGCACUGUCUUCCGAUCUCCUGUGCAGCAGCAUGAUUUCAAUUUCACCUAUCAACUUGAGUGUGGAAGUAAUGGUGACUUACCUAGCUCUGGUCAGGUUUUUACAAUUCCUGUUGCUCCUGGAGAUGUUAUAAUUGCCGGCACUGAUGGACUGUUUGAUAACUUGUACAACAAUGAGAUUACUGCAGUGGUAGUUCAUGCUGUGAGAGCUGGCUUAGGACCUCAGGUGACAGCUCAAAAGAUAGCGGCCUUGGCUCGGCAACGAGCUCAGGAUAAGGACAGACAGACACCUUUUUCCACUGCUGCUCAAGAUGCCGGGUUCCGAUAUUAUGGUGGCAAACUGGAUGACAUCACUGUUGUUGUUUCAUACAUUACCGGUUCCAACAAUGAAAAUGAGUCUUCUCCUUGAGCACGUGAUCAGGACUUAAAGGACCUUAUUAAGAGGUUUACUGGACAGCACAGCAACACGAUUUUGUUAGAAAGCACAAAGUACUUUGUAGUCGAUUAGCGUUGUGUGGACAUCCUGAGUUCCCCUUCAUCUUGAUUUAUUGGGACCACCUCUAUUUUUGUCAAGUUAAUUGAGGUGAUAUGUAGCCGAGGGAGAUGGUGAUCUGGGUGAUUUUCACGAUCGAACCUUUUGUAUAUAUUUUCUUUUUAGUGUAUAAUUUGCUAUACUCGUUUUGAAAUUUUGAGACAGGGAAAGGUUUUAACCCUCAAUGCGGACAGGUGUUUGUGAAGAAAAUAAU